GCACAAACGGGUCGUGUGUGACAAUAAGGCAAUUAAAAUUGUGGCUGAUACACCGCAACACGUACGCGGUACCUGCAUAAAAACAAGAGCUACUUUGGUUUAACUAUACUAAAAAGGUUAUAAACAGAGCAGAGAGGAACUGAUGCACAGGAACACGAAGUAUGAGGAAGUCAGUGAAACACAGAUGAUAUGAAGGCUGGUAAACGGUUUAUCAACAAUGGGAGCCACUUUGCGGUCGCUGAAAUCGUUAUAAUAGAUCAGAGAAGAAGCUGCAUUUAAGUCAACAUGGCGUUUGACCAAACACGUAGAAAUAAGGGGUCGCCGGAUGCAGGUUGUUUGUUCAAUAGGACCACUGGGUCGAUAUACAGUAGGCCUAUUUAAAUUUGGCAAAACGCUUAUUAAUUUUUAAUAGCCUCGGGCGGAGACCCCGCCUCCCCGCUUGUAGUCGCACCUGAGUCUGCGCUUCGUUUGAGGGAGGAAGACGAAGAGGACGAAGACGCUUUACGUUUGGUCUAAUAGGAAAGCGACCGCCACUUUAUGAUCCCCAGUGAUGAUAAAAAUCACUAAGGUGCUUCAGAGGCGCUCUGGAAAGGCCAAGUCCUUCGGGAUCCUGUACACGAUGGAAGACUGCGCCGAGAACCGGUUUCAGCAUGACAGUGAGGAGAUGCACGACAUCCUCAGGCAGAUAUCCGACCUUGUCAAGUGGAGAGAAAUCUUCGAUGACCGCGGGAUGGAACUGCGGAAUUGUAUCACAAAGACGCUUUCUGAGAGGGCUGCACUGGAAGGUGAUGGAGAAGAUGCUGCAGGCAGACAUACGUACUGCACUCAGCGCCACUGCACACUGCACUCCCUGCCCUGCCUGGUCCCACAAACCUUAGCUGCUUCCCCCAGCCUCGGGGGAGUCCCUGCCAGCCCAGAGCAGAUCAUGGACCUCAGAAAGAUUUUAUUUGGGAAUACUUUUCAUUUCUUCAACUAUGAGUGGAAGAAAUCGGUCUUCCGGUUCAGAGAUCCGUGCUCUGAGCUCUCCUACGCACUGCAAGCGGAAAGAGGUGGACCUGGAGCCGUCCAGAUGGUGGUCCAGGCCAAUGUCAUCAAGUUCCUGCUGUUCACCUGCCAAAGUCAAUCCAAUAGCAACCAGCUUCACAGUCUGGGGGACAAGGAGCAGGAACAAGCCUUGGCGUCCGCGCUGUCCGACGUCCUGUGGGUGGCAGGAGAGGAGCAGGCCGCCACUGUUACCCUGGUUACCUCCAUGCCCAGCUUUUUCACCCUGCCAGGACAUCAGCUGGACAGCAUCACUGAGAGGUUGCAUAUUUUUAGCUUCAUCAGAAAAGAGGACAUGUGGAAGUUCAUCUACGAGCACAUCCAGUGUUUUCAAGAGGAGGGGAGCCAUGGUGUCAUCCUGUUCCUCUAUAGUCUUGUCUUCUCCAGGACCAUUGACAGGUUAAAAGAUGAUCUUGAUUCAACCACCUCACACCUCUUACAUCUCAGUCAGGGAAACUUUGCGUGUCACCAGGCCCUACUGAAUCUCCUGCUUACGGGCCGGGCGAGUCCCAAUGUGUUUAACGGCACUGUGCAGUUUGACGAGGCUGGGGCGCCACUGCUGCAACCCCUGCGGGGGGUGCUGGUGCGCAGCAACGUGGGAUAUCUCAACUGGAGCUGGGAACAAGGGCCACAAACCCCCCUACCUCAGGUGGGUAGCAUGCUGAAGACCCCCAAGUUGCCUGUGUGGGUCUGCUGCAUCAACGGUACCUACAGCAUCCUCUUCAGCCUCAACCGAGCGCUGCUCUCCAACUGGAGAACGGAGCACCUAUUCGAGCUGCAUUUCUACAACGGGCAGCCUUCUCAAAAGAGAACCGCUGUUCUGACCAUAGACACACACUCACAGCACUGGGAACCUCGGACCACGGAUGCCCAGGGGGACCUUGAAAAGAAGUUCCCGUCAGUGGACAUGACCAUCCGGACCAAGUGGGAAGGGGCUGUUAUUAACUGGAAUGGGGUGGUUCCCUUUUUUUGAGCUCUAGUAUGUAAUACAGCUUACAGUAUCACAUGCAAUGUUUCAUUCCAGGUCCAGGAACUACAAAUCUAGAGCAAGAUUUGUUUCUACCAACCAGUUCAGCAUAAAUAGCCACAGGCACAGAGUACACAACUGCUUGGUAGAAACAAAAUCAUGGUCUGGAUUUUUACUUUCUGGAUCUGAAAUGUCCAACACUGAUUACGUGGCAAAACUGUCGUUUUAAUAUUGACUUAAGAUGUCUAUCGCAACAACUGUUUUGUUUCUAUUUAGUAUGAAUUCAUCUCUGCUUCUAGUAAAACUUACAGGCACAAUUGAAAGUUUCAUUUGAGCAACGAAUCAGUUUAUCCUCUAAAAAUUUUCCAAUUUGUAUGUAUACGACUCAUUUUAUUACAUGCUUAAUUAAUACGGACGUACAGAUCAAAACUUAAAAUUUUCAGUAUGGUGUAGAUUUAAUAUUUCCGACCAACGUGCUGGUAUAUUCAAACUGUCUAAUGCUUUUGAGUUCUGACAAACGUACGUUUCUAUAAUAAAAUAAUUCAAAUCGA